CUCUCCCCGGCAGCGCUCGGCAGCCAAUGGGCGCAGCGGGCGCCUUCCCGCCUCGCCCCGCAGUCGCGUGCCGUGCGGGCUCGGUGCUGAGGGCGCGGCGGGGCCGGGGCUGUCCCGGGGCUGUUCCGGGCCCGUCCCGCGGCAGCGGCGGCGGCUCCAGCGGGCGCACAGUCGUGCGGGGGCUCGGGGAGGGCGGCCUGUGUCUGCAGGCCGGUAGGAGCAGUGUCCCUGCGCGGCCCGAGGGCAGGCGGAGAAGAUGACUGGAAGAGCCAGAGCCAGAGGAAGACCUCCCAGACAGACACCUCUUCCUCCUGCUGUAGGAGAUGCACCUCAGUGGCAGCUCCAGCAGGGCGUGCCCGGCCCGCUGCGCGGCCGCCGGCACCCGCAGCAGCCCCAGCAGCAGCUGCAGCACCCGCAGCAGCUCCAGCAUCCCCAGCAGCUCCAGCACCCGCAGCAACUGCAGCAGUUCCAGCAGCUCCAGCACCCGCAGCAGCUCCAGCAGCUCCAUGUUCCUCCAGCACAGCCCGAAGAGCCCGGGGCCCACGGGCGCCUGCGCGGCGGUGAGAACCCCCUGCAGGAGAGGAGGCCUGAAGGGUUGCAGGUUUCCUCAGGACUCCAGGAUUUGUCUUUAAGAGAUAGGGGUGGACGUCGCAGAGAUUUCCACGACCUUGGGGUGAACACUCGGCAAGCCAUGAUGCAUGUGCAGGAAUCCAAAACCGGUUUUUCAGGAAAAAUGAUCAAGCUGACCACCAACCACUUCCGGCUGACGUCGCGCCCGCAGUGGGCCCUGUACCAGUACCACGUUGGCUACAGCCCCGAGAUGGAGGCGCGGCGCCUGCGCUCGGCCCUGCUCUUCCAGCACGAGGAGACCAUCGGCAAGACCCACGCCUUCGACGGCUCCAUUCUGUUCCUGCCCAAGAAGCUCGAGAGCAAGGUUACUGAGCUGUUCAGUAGGACUCGAAAUGGGGAGGAUGUGAAGAUAACAGUCACACUCACUAAUGAGUUGCCACCCACUUCACCUACUUGUCUGCAGUUUUACAACAUCAUUUUUAGAAGGCUUUUGAAGAUGCUGAAUUUGCAGCAGAUUGGACGUAAUUACUACAACCCCAGUGAUCCAGUCAGCAUCCCUAACCACAGGCUGAUGGUGUGGCUGGGCUUCACCAGCUCCAUCCUGCAGUAUGAGGAGAACAUCAUGCUGUGUGCAGACGUGAGCCACAAGGUUCUGCGUGGGGAGACAGUGCUGGACACCAUGCACAGCCUUCACUCCCAGGUUGGAGAGGAGAGAUUUAGAGACACCUGUGCUAAAGAGCUGAUUGGUUUAAUUGUCCUCACAAAGUACAAUAACAGAACGUACAGAAUUGAUGACAUCGACUGGGAUAACAAUCCAAAGAGUACCUUUAGAAAAUCAGAUGGUUCUGAGAUGAGCUUUGUGGAGUACUACAAAAAGCAAUAUAACAUAGAAAUUAGUGAUUGGAUGCAGCCUGUCCUGAUCAGCCAGAUGAAGAGGAAGAGAGGGAACAUACAAGGAUCUGUGGCUCUGAUUCCAGAGCUGUGCUCCCUAACAGGGCUGACUGACAAGAUGCGCAACGAUUUCAACAUGAUGAAAGACUUGGCCAUCCACACACGGCUGCCGCCUGAGCAGAGGCAGCGCGAGCUCGGGAGGCUUCUGAGCUACAUCCAAAAAGAUGACAAUGUUCAGAAGGAGCUCCGAAACUGGGGUUUAAGCUUUGAUUAUAAAUCAGUGUCCUUUACAGGAAGAGUUGUUCAAGGAGAAAAGAUCUUUCAAUCAGGAACCAUGUUCGAUUACAACCCUCAGUUUGCCGACUGGACCAAGGAGACGCGCGGCGUGCCGCUGAUCCGCUCGGUGCCCAUGGACAGCUGGCUGCUCAUCUACACCCGCCGCAACUACGACGUGGCCAACACCCUGCUGCAGAGCCUCUUCAAGGUCACCCCGUCCAUGGGCAUCCGCAUGAACAGGCCCAACAUGAUUGAAGUAGAUGAUAGAACAGAAGCAUAUUUAAGGGUUCUACAGCAAAGGGUUACCCCUGACAUAGACAUAGUAGUUUGUAUCUUGUCUAGCUCCCGGAAGGAUAAGUAUGAUGCCAUCAAGAAAUACCUGUGCACAGACUGCCCCAUCCCCAGCCAGUGUGUGCUGGCUCGCACUCUGAGCAAGCCGCAGACCAUCAUGACGGUCGCCACGAAAAUCGCCCUGCAGAUGAACUGCAAAAUGGGGGGAGAGCUCUGGAGCGUGGAGAUCCCCCUGAAGCAGGUGAUGAUUGUGGGCAUUGAUUGUUACCAUGACACCGUCUCUGGGAAGCAGUCCAUCGCCGGCUUCGUCGCCAGCCUGAAUCCAGCAGUCACACGGUGGUUCUCCCGCUGCGUUGUUCAAAGUCGUGGGCAAGAACUUGUGGAUGGAAUCAAAACCUGCUUGCAAACUGCUCUGAGGAACUGGUCCAAAUGGAAUAAGGGUUUGCCCUCUCGUAUCUUUGUGUAUCGUGAUGGUGUUGGAGAUGGACAACUCAAUACUUUGGUGAAUUAUGAAGUGCCUCAAUUUCUGGAUUGCUUGAAGAGUAUUGGCACUGACUACAGCCCGAGACUCACUGUGAUUGUGGUGAAGAAACGAGUGGGUGCCAGGUUCUUUGCAGAGAUUGGGGGAGGACUCAAAAACCCACCCCCUGGGACUGUUGUGGACACAGUGGUGACCAGACCAGAGUGGUACGACUUCUUCGUGGUGAGCCAGACGGUGAAGAACGGCUGCGUGGCCCCCACCCACUACAACGUGAUCUACGACACCAGCCAGCUGAAACCCGACCACGUGCAGCGCCUGACCUACAAGCUGUGCCACAUGUACUACAACUGGUCGGGUAUUAUCAGAGUACCUGCUCCUUGCCAGUACGCUCAUAAAUUGGCUUUCCUUGUGGGUCAGAGCAUUCACAGAGAACCAAACCUGACGCUUUCAGACAGACUGUACUACCUCUGAAGCUGAGUUAGCAGCCAAGCAGAAGAGAGCAGCUCCUCUCCAGGGAAUGUAGAAUUGUCUGGGCUUUUGGUUGAGUCUUGGUUUUUCGUAAGAGACAUGCACAGGAUGUGUGUAGUUAUGGAAAUUAUUUUAUUUUCACUGUACCGAGGAAAAGCUUGAGAUUUGCAUUUUGAACAGAAUAGAAUAAUUACAUAAAUUUUUAUGGGUUUUGGUACUUAUUUAGUUACUAAAGUUUUUCUCAAAUUCUUCCCAGAAGUUUAUUGGUUGUUCUUAUUUACAUUUUGAGAAUUACAGAAUUACAGAAUUACUUCUUGCGUGGGAGAUAGAGAGUUAAGCAGACCAGAAUCCAAACUUCCAGCUAGUGUUUACCCUUCUGAUUUUCAAAAUGCUUCAAUAUUGUUGAUUCCUUGUUUUUCUUGGUUAAAAUGAGGGCCAGAUUUGUCUCCUGAACUGUUUCAUACCUUAGAGGAGGUGACCAGAUGCUGUUGGUUACCAAGGCUUUGUUGGCAGGCUGUAGGUGAUGCAGAACCUUGGAAGGGUUGGCACAGUUGUCCUUGGGAGGGAUUUGCAGAGCAGCCACAAACUGUGGCUCUGCCUGGGGGCAGUGAGGGCUGUGCCAGGCUGGGGGCUGCUGUGUGUGCCAGCCCCCAGGGCUCAGGGGCAGCCCUUGGCUCAGGGGCAGCCCUGGGCUCUGCUGCUCUGCCUGUAGCUCACAGGAGAGGGCUGCAGACAGCUGAACUGCUGGGCUGGAGCUGUGUGACAGCUUCCUAACUGAGAAAUGCCAUUUCCAGCAGGGCCCAGCAGUGCCCUGGCAGCCUUGGGGGUUUGGUUUUGUGCUUCCAGGCAAGGGAAGCAGCCCUGGUUUGUUCGUGUCUGAGGUUUUCAUUGGUCACUGUUCUGCAGCCCAUUUUGUGAAACUAACAGCAGGUGUGGGGAGGGAGGUUGAUGUCAGAUUUGUGCAGUACUAGAGUCAAACUACUGCACGUGGAGAAAUUCAGAUUAGUGCUGGUUGUCUUAACCACCUUGUUGUGAACUUGUUGCUUUUCUUUAUGAGAUUUGAAUAAAG